AUGCCCCUCUUCUUUUACGCUUUCGGGAACGUCGCUGGCAAGUCUGGCAAUAAGUCGAGAAGUUGCGCUGAAACCCUGAGGAAAUCAAGCUCCCUGCGGCUGUUCCUCCCCUUUCUCUUUUUCUGUCUCACCUUCGCCCCAGCGAUGCAGUACUUCGACGAGGAAGAAAAGAUUGACCCGAGCAACCCUGGGAUCUUCCACUUGAAGAAGAACCCUGUCACUUGGCUCUGGCGUUUCUACACCAGCAGCGGAUUGGGAAAGCUCUGGAUAUUUGGGAAGCUCGACCUGGCGUGGCUCUGGUUCUUGCCUGCGUUCUGGGUCGUUGAGAUUCUUAGCAUCCCGCUGUUCGGCUUCGCAGAGCGGCGCCCUCGGUGGGAAAUCUACUGCGCCGGCGCCUCCGUGCUAUGGCUUGGACUCGCUGUUCUGCUUGUUACCUGCUUCCGCUUUUCGCUGCAGUUUGCUCUCUUUGCCGUGGCCGGCCCAGUCUGCACAGCGCUUCUCACAUGUAAGUGGCCCUUGCCGCCCUACAAUCUCAUGCCCAGCAGGGACACCAAGGAGGCCAAGCGGGCAUGGAUAGCCAUACGGGUCGCUAAGGCCAUCCAGAUAGCGUGCAACGUCGGCUUGGUGACCAGCUUUGGGUACGAGUGUCUCGAUUGGCAGGGUGGGGCAUGCGUAGAGGGUCAAGAGGGUAUCGACUGGCAGGGGGGAAAGUGCGUGAUCAGCACCGAUUCCAACAUUACCUAUGCUCAGUGCGUGAAACAAGAGGACUGUCAUUACCAAUGGCCAAGAGACCAGCGCAACUCUUACGAGAAAGGCUACUUGAGAGAAGCAGUCCCAUUCAUUUCGCUCUGCUUGGGCUUCUACGUGCAAGGAUUCUUCAGUCAGCGUUGGUUUCGGAGUGCUCAGUAUAUUGAUGACAUCCGCAAAAUGCCCUCAUUCAAGUUCAAGUCGUACAGACUCCUAGGCUUUUUCCUCGUCGCUAUCGGGAUCAUGGGAACUUCUACACUCGGCGGGGUGGAGGCCGAUCAUUACACUUACCCGAUAUACUCGAACACGUAUUGCAAAGGGCCGUAUUUCGGUGCUAUCUUUGUGAUUGGCACUUGGGUUUUUCUCAGUUGGAUAUAUCCUUUGGCCAAGGCUUACGUGAAUUGCAAAAUCAACGCGUGGCUUCACCACUACGCAAAAAACUCGUGCCUUGUGGUGUACGGCGUCCACUGGCUUUGGCUAAAGAUCUUCGUUUUCUGGAUGGUAGAACCGUCUGUCAGGUAUUGCAAAGAGCCGUGGUCGAUACUCAGCCUCUUCGGGCACUGCCCCGAUCCCGAGUCGGGUUACGAGAACCCCUUAGCCACAGUCGGCAUAUUGUUCAUGGCGAAGAAGCAAAAACUUCAUAGACAUAAACUGCUGGAGGUCCGCGCGGAUUGUCGGGGUCGGCGAUAG